AUGAGCUUUGGGAGCCAAGGUCCUUACUAUUCAGGCGGCGGCGGCGGGUUUCUCAGCAACAACUCGCCUGGUGGAUAUGCUAGUCAAGGAUCUCCGCAUGGAGCUGGUACUGAACGCAGCCAGGCUCGUCGAGGGCUCAGUGUUCAACGCGUACAGAAACAAACCCAAUCCCUGAGACCGCUGAGCAUUCGACAAGUACUCUUAGCUGAGCAAGGAUCACAUACCGAGACCGAUUAUACGCUCGACGGCGUCACGCUCUCCAUGAUUUCUAUCGUAGGUCAGAUCAUAAACCAUACAUCCCAGACCACCUCGGACGUCUACAAAAUCAACGAUGGCUCAGCAGAGAUUGAGGCACGCCACUGGAACGACUCGAAGGGCACCGACUCGAUGGAUAUGGAGUCGGAUGAAUCUCCUCUUUUGAACAAGUUUGUCAAGAUUACAGGUACCAUACGGACAUUUCAAGAAAGGAGACAUAUCAAUGCGAUCAUCGUUCGAGCCUUGGAUGAUCCCAUGGAAGCCUACUUUCAUUACACCGAGGCGAUUGCAAUGGCCAUGCUCGCCAAAUUUGGUCCUCCUAAUGGUUCUGGAUCGAGUCUAGGAGCCCCGAUGACGGGCGGGGCUUCAGCGUCGGAUUACUCGCGGCAAGGCACUAGUCGACAGACGAACGAGGUCGAUUCAAUGUACGCCCACCUCGCAGUUCUCGACCGGGGCAUCAUUCGUUUCAUCAAAGACAAUCCGCCGACAAGUGAGGGGUACCAUGUCCGUCAAAUCAUCAAAGCCGUCAAGCCACUGGUAAACGAAGAGACGAGCAAGACGGGAGAAGAUCCCGCUGACGCCUUUGCGGCGGCAAUUCAGCGACUCAUCGAGGAAGGUCUUCUCUUUUCGACGCUCGAUGAGCACCAUUACAACCUAUGUUGA